AUGUGCCUGAGCCUCCCACACUCCCAGAAGCAGUGGAACACUGAGGAGGAGAGAGGAGAGGAGAGGAGAGACGAGGAGAGACGAGAGGAGAGAGGAGAGGAGAGACAAGAGGAGAGACAAGAGGAGAGAAGAGAGGAGAGAGGAGAGACGAGAGGAGAGAGGAGAGACGAGAGACGAGAGGAGAGAGGAGAGGAGAGACAAGAGGAGAGACGAGAGGAGAGAGAAGAGGAGAGACUAGAGGAGAGACCAGAGGAGAGAGAAGAGGAGAGACUAGAGGAGAGGACAGACGUGACGAAAGAGAAGAGGAGAGACGAGAGGAGAGACGAGAGGAGAGAGAAGAGGAGAGACAAGAGGAGAGACGAGAGGAGAAACGAGAGGAGAGAGAAGAGGAGAGACGAGAGGAGAGAUGAGAGGAGAGACGAGAGGAGAGAGAAGAGGACAGACAAGAGGAGAGACCAGAGGAGAGAGAAGAGGAGAGACUAG